AUGAUUGACUCAAAUCCACCACUCUUGAACCAUUAUGGAGCACUUUUGAGAAACUCAGAUGAACCUCAAAAGUCUAGAAGUUCCAAUGAUCAAGAUAGUAUUAAUACUGUGGUGGAUACAUGUGAACUACCAUUGAUAGACCUUAAUGGUCUUAAAAGCUGUAAUGUUGAAGAAAGAAUGGCUUGCACUGCAGCAAUAUGCAAGGCAGCAUCAGAAUGGGGAUUUUUCCAAGUGAUAAACCAUGGUUUAAACCCUGACCUACUAAGGAAUAUGAGGGAGGAGCAAAUGAAGCUGUUUAGGGUACCAUUUGAGAAGAAGGUCAGUUGUGGACUUCUAAACAAUCCAUACAGGUGGGGGACACCAACAGCUACUAGUUCAAAUCACUUUUCAUGGUCAGAAGCUUUCCACAUUCCUCUCACCAUGAUUUCAGAAGCAGCUUGCUGGGGUGAAUUCAGUUCUCUAAGAGAAGCAAUAAAUGAGUUUGCACCAGCUAUGCUAGAAGUGUCCAGGCUACUGGCAGGUAUUCUAGCAGAAAACUUGGGCCACCCGACAGACGCAGUUGAAAAACUCUGUGAUGCAAGCACAUGCUUUCUGAGAUUGAAUCAUUAUCCUUCCUGCCCAAAAUCUAAAGAAGAAAUUUUUGGAUUAGUACCUCACACUGACAGUGAUUUCCUCACAAUCCUUUAUCAAGAUCAAGUCGGUGGACUCCAACUGAUGAAAGAUUCCAAAUGGGUCGCUGUAAAACCAAAUCCAGAUGCUCUUAUUGUUAACAUUGGAGAUCUUUUCCAGGCCUGGAGUAAUGAUGAGUACAAAAGUGUAGAGCACAAGGUUGUGGCAAACGACAAAGUGGAAAGAUACUCCAUUGCAUACUUCCUAUGUCCUUCUUACACUACUAUGAUAAGCGGCUGCAAGGAACCUUCAAUAUAUCGGAAUUUCACCUUUGGAGAAUAUCGACACCAAAUUCAAGAAGAUGUCAAGAAAAUAGGACACAAAAUAGGGCUAUCAAAAUUUCUACGUAAAGGCACGUACACAACGACCGCCGUUUAG